AUGUCUAACACUUCAAUUGAGCUUGCUAUGCAUAACGGCGCCGUGUCGGAUGAUACGAUGCAGUUGCGGAACACACUCAAUGAACGCUUCGAGGCUCGUACAACGAACGCUGAGUUCUGUUUGCCUCCUGCCGAUGGCGGUAGAAAGGCCUGGCUGUUCUUGGCCGCUUGCUGGGUCGUUGAAGCUGUAACCUACGGCUUUGGCUUCUCAUUUGGUGUCUUUCAAGAUUAUUACACUUAUAAUAAACCUUAUGCAGGUUCUAAUAGCAUCGCUGUUAUUGGAACUACAACUACGGGUAUGCUAUAUCUAGGAGCACCAUUUGCAGUUAUCUUAUGCCGCUUGUAUCCUCGCCAAGCCCGCUGGUUCACCUACGUAGGACUCUUUAUCGCAUCCUUAGCCAUGGCAAUGAGCUCUUUUUGCACAAGUGUAGAGCAGCUUAUUGCAACACAAGGGGUAUUAUUCGGCAUUGGCGGCUGCUUUGCCUACUGCCCUUGUACUCUCUAUAUCAACGAGUGGUUCGUUCGGCGCAAAGGCUUCGCUUAUGGGAUCGUUUGGAGUGCUGCUGGAGUCGGAGGUGCUGUAUUACCGCUGAUUCUUGAGUUUCUCCUUAAGAACUAUGGCUUUCAAAUAACUGCCAGAGUCUGUUCUGGUAUUCUAUUUGGAAUGGCAGCUCCGUUAGCCUACUUUAUCAGGCCUAGGCUUCCGCCCUCCACUGCUAUGCAAAGGAGGCCCCUCGAUAUGCGAUUUAUCACAUCUAAGGUGUUUAUGCUCCACCAGCUGGCCAAUGUGGUGGAAGCAACAGGAUACUUCCUCCCGACUAUCUAUUUACCAACUUAUGCUCGAAUAACCUUUGGAGCUUCUACUAUAUUAUCAGCUUUGACAAUCAUUCUGGUCAAUAUUGCCACGAGUAUCGGCCUGAUGAUCAUGGGUUUUCUCAGUGAUAAGCUUGCGGUCACGACUUGCAUGCUUAUAUCAGCAGUGGGCGUAGGUAUCUCUGUCUUAUUGGUCUGGGGAUUCACGGCGUCUUUACCUGUUCUUUAUAUAUUCUGUGUUAUGUAUGGCCUAUUUGCUGGAUCCUGGGCUUCUAUUUGGCCUGGCAUUAUGAGAGAAGUCUCUCAGAAAUUUCAAGAUGAAAACGAGUAUAUUGAUCCUAUUAUGGUGCAUGGCUACCUUUCUGUGGGCAGGGGAGUAGGCAAUAUUAUAUCAGGACCGUUGAGUAGCUCUCUUAUCCGAGGUCAACCGUGGCAAGGAAAGGUCAUUGGAGGAUAUGGAAGUGGAUAUGGCAUUCUGAUCUUGUAUACUGGUUUGACAGGCCUGGUAAGUGGUAUGAACUUUUUGUGGCGAUAUGUAAACGUGCUGUAAGGGGCAAGCAUUGCUGAGUUUUUAAUAUCUCCUUAUCUUUAUAAGUUCGCCGAUAAUACACAAGUAAGCAGAUAGGCAUUUAGUUAUUAC